AUGUCCCGUCCUCCACCGCCGCCGCCCAAGUCGACUCCCUCCAGCUCCUCCCAAAUGGCCAUGACCGAGACUCAGAACCUCCCCAACUUCCCCCCGCCGCCCUUCCUGGGCCAUCCGUACCGUCGCCUGCCCCAGCCAGUGCAACUGCCGCCUCUGUCCAUCCCUCCCGCUUCUGUGCGACCUGACUAUCCGUCCUUCGUGUCUCCGGCAAGCCACCAGCUCCCUUCCAUCCACUCUCUGCCCCCAGCCAGGCCAUCACAAACCCGCUCAGCAGCACCCGUCGACAAGUUGCUGUCCUCCACCCCGUACACACCGCCUCGUCCAGAUCACCACUACCCGAAUGCUGUCUCUCCCCGCUCAGACAGGCCCCUGCCCCGCCGCAUGCCUGAACGCUAUGCCGCCAUAGAAGAGCCGCGCCUUCCUCCUCAAGAACCACCCUUCGUCCCGUCUGCAAACCAUCCUCCCCCUCCUCCUCCACCACCACCACCUGCUCCUCAGAGGCCUGCCUACCAGCCCGUCCUGUCACCCAACUACACGCCGAGCUAUGCCCCCAGCACCACGUCCUUCCGUGGUUCAAUAGACUCGCAUCGCAGCUCUGUAGCUUCGUCGUUUGGUCCCCCUGUCACCUAUCCAGAGCCACCAGCUCCAAUCCCUGCUCAACGGCCGCCUCCACCGCCAAUCUCCACCGUGGCGUGCGCAGGUCCCAUCGCUGCACCUAGUGUGCCAUUUCAUGGGCCAGUGCAAGACAAAAAUCAACAUACAUAUGAGCUUAUAGUGCGGCAGCAGCCCAUUGCAGCUCGAGCAUGCGGAUUUGGUGAGCGGGAUAGGAGGGUAAUAGACCCGCCACCGAUCAUUCAGCUCCGGGUGACGGACCCCAGGACCGGAACGACGGACCAGGACGAGCUGCGCUACUCUUUGAAUGUGGUGCACUGUACUCUCUGGAACGCCGACGGCACAAGCGAAGAGACGGCGUUGAUCCAACCGGAUCGGCGAACCACACGGCGCCUGAUGGGCCAACUGGUGGCUUCGCCUUCCGUGGCCAAAGAUGAGCAUGACGUCGAGGGUUGCUUUUUCUGCUUCCCGGAUCUUUCCUGCCGCACGCACGGACGCUAUCGCCUGCGGUUCAUUCUGAUGCGUAUUGACCCCAUGAAUUUGCACGUCGGGGGUCUUAUGCCAAUCCUCACCGAGGUUUUGAGUGACGUCUUCACCGUCUACACCGCGAAGGACUUUCCAGGGAUGCGGCCGAGCAGCGCUCUCACCCGGGCACUCAAGCUUCAAGGUUGCAACAUUCAGGUCAAAAAGGGCAACGAGAAGGCUCUGGCAAGGAGACGGGCGAGUGCGAUCAGCGAGGAAGACGACCAAGGAGAUGGCGACACCAUGUCGAAUUCAGGGCGCAAGAGGCGCCGGGAAUGA